UUGACAGAUUUAAAGCAGCAUUUGCGGCUUUUUGCUAGUGUUUUUUUUGAUAUCAUAUCACAGUGUAAACAAUUUAAGUUUUACAAAUGUAAGAGAACUGGCAUUUUAAUAACCAUGAAUGCUGGGAGUUUAUAUGUCUCCACUUGCCGGCUGAUGAUAUUAGCAGAAGCUGCUAACAAAAGUUCUUGGACCGAUUUAUUCCGUUUGGUCCCUUAUUUACGUCAGUCAUUGUCUUGCACAGUUUGUGGUAACCUUCUCGUAGAACCCUGCACUCCUAAGAACUCUACUUGCCAGCACCACGUAUGUAAAAAGUGCAAAGGUGGUAAAAAAAAAUUAAAACCAACUUGCAAUUGGUGUAAAGACUACGAGAACUAUUCGGAAAAUUUGCAUAUACGAAUACUUUUACAGUGUUAUAAGAAGUUGUGUGAAUAUUUCAUGGGUACCGAUGUAUAUAGAGUUUUGCUAGAAGAAGAUGAAAUUGCUACGGGUGUGAAUGGUUCGACAGUAGCGAGCUCUGCAUUAAUAGAUUUAGUACAGGAAGGUGCUGCUUUUAGUGAUAAUUAUGAAAGUGUUGCUGCCUCAUCAAGAUCUGAGUAUAGUAUAUUACCUUGUGUUUAUACAAAUACUACAUCCACACAAACACAAGGUGCGUCUACAUCAAAUGGUACAGAAGCAGGAAUGUCUAGUAGAGAACCUUCUAUUUCAAAGCCAAUGUCAAAUGGCACAUCACUUUAUUCUGUAAUGUACGCUGGUUCUGGUAACAAAAUUACUAUAAAACGAAAAGCUGUUGAGGAAUCAGAAUCACCUCCAGAUGAACCUCGUCGUAAAGAAUGUAAACCAUCUCGAAGAGGGGAAUCAGGGUUCAAGAAACCAUCAAACAAGUCUCGUAGUUCUGCAAGCAAAAGGAAAGGUUGCCGCUGUGGUAAUGCUACGGCAACACCGGGCAAGUUGACUUGCUGUGGUCAGAGAUGCCCCUGUUAUGUUGAAAGUAAACCCUGUACUGAAUGUAAAUGCAAGGGAUGUAGAAAUCCUCAUAGACCAGAUGGGUUAAAGGUACGGCCACAUAUAUCUCCAGUGGAGUCUUUGCAAAUAGCAUCAAGUUCAAACACGGACACUUCUCCAUCAUUCUCUAGCUCGAUGGACAGUCUAGAUACUGACACAUUGACUAUGGAGGAAAUGGAGGAAUCCCUCUGCUCAGAACUUAGUUCUGAUACAAAAUCUUCAGUAUACUCAAGCCAGUUGCAAAUAUCACCAUCUUUACCGGCCUCAAUAAUGAUGGAUGAGGAUCAAGAUUCACUUGAUGAUGACGAGAGUUCAGAUUACAAAUGCUCUUCAGUGGAGCCGAACGACCCUGAUGUAGUUUCACCACCAUCCGACACUCAGGAUACCUACAGCGAUAUUGAAGUUGAUGAUGUAUGACAUUAACUUUCUAGCCUUUAGGAUAGUCUAGUAUUUGUGCAAGAAAGUGACUGAACCAAAUGCAAGUGUAAGCGAUUUUGUUUUCAGUGACAUAGUUUGUUAUACUGUUUUUAUUAAGACUAAUUGAAUCUGAAAUGCCACAUUAAAAUAUGAUUUAUUAAGGGCCUGACCCAACAAAUUAUAUAUUGUCUGAUAACAAUCCAAAAUGUAAAAUAUUUGAUGGAAAUAUCAAAUAUUGUUACAAUAUCUGACAGUGACGUCAUAUUUAAAGUAUCUGAGCCUUUAUCAGCCAGUGGCGGGACAGCCCCUAGGUGUUUUAAAUCCGAUUUAGUAUUCGGCCGUCAGUUUUCGAUAUCUAUAGCAAGUAAAAUGUCUUGGGAAAAUUAAAAACCUUUUACACAUUCUAAUACCAAAGUUUUUUAAAAAUCUUUUUAAUAAACACUCACACAUGGA